UGAUGGAGAGCAGAGAACCACAACUGUACCGUAAAGGAGGUGUGGGCGGAGCCAAACACUCCCCGCCCACUCGGCAAAAUGGCAGCCAGCAUGAAGAACGUGGAAGAAAUUCGGAAUCGAGUAAUAUUGGGAGAAUUUGGUGUGACGAAUGUUCAUACUACGGAUUUCCCAGGAAACUACCCCGGAUAUGACGACACUUGGAACGUGGAGAAAUUUCAAAAGAACUUCAGAAUCGAUGUCGUGCAUCUGGAUGAAAACAGUAUGGAGUUUGACAUGGUGGGGAUUGAUGCAGCCAUUGCCAAUGCUUUCAGAAGGAUCUUACUGGCAGAGGUGCCUACUAUGGCUAUAGAAAAGGUGUUCAUCUAUAGUAAUACCUCCAUUGUCCAAGAUGAAGUCCUGGCCCACAGAUUAGGCCUCAUCCCCAUCAAAGCUGACCCUCGUCUGUUUGAGUACAGAAACACUGGGGAGGAGUCUGCAGAGGAAGAGGGUUCAGAAAUAGACACAAUUCAACUGCAGCUGAAGAUAAAGUGCAGCAGGAAUCCCAGAGCAAGCAAAGACUCAUCAGACCCACGAGAGCUGUACUUGAACCACAUGGUUUAUUCCAAGGACAUAAAGUGGGUCCCCAUUGGGAACCAGGCAGAUGUGUUUGCAGACUGCUGUAUUGGGCCUGUGCAUGAUGACAUUCUGAUAGCUCAACUACGACCGGGACAAGAGCUGGACAUUGUCAUGCACUGUGUCAAAGGCAUUGGCAAGGACCAUGCCAAGUUCUCCCCAGUGGCCACAGCCAGUUACCGCCUCCUCCCAGAGAUCACGCUCCUGGAGGUGGUGGAGGGAGAGAAGGCGGAGCGAUUAAAACAGUGCUUCUCACGAGGAGUUAUAGACCUGGAAGAUAUUAACGGGACAAAGGUUGCCAAAGUUGUGAACAGUCGCCUGGAUACGUGCAGCCGGGAAGUCCUCCGACACAGUGACCUGAAGAAUGUGGUGAAGCUUGGACGAGUGCGAGACCAUUUCAUCUUUACAGUGGAAUCCACCGGGAUCCUGCCUCCAGACGUCUUAGUCACAGAGGCGAUUAAGGUCCUCAUGGCUAAAUGUCAGAGGUUUCUCAAUGAACUGGACUCGACUAUUAUGGAAUGAAAGGAUGACUGAGCAGCCCGUCAGACCUCAGAUGGUUCUUACUAUGCUGUCAAUGGAAUGACUGUGUACAAAUAUUCUAUACUGAUAAAGGCUACACAGACAUUUCAAAGUGCAGGUGUUUUGUUGGUAUCAUCUGAGUAUGUAUAUACAGCUUUGUCUGGUAUUUUGUAUACUUUUCAUUAAACGAAUGUUGAAUUGAA